CAACCAACCUAACAAGGGCUUUCGUUAUCUUCAACCAUUUUCAUCUUCCUCCCUCCCCUUCCCUUACCCCUUCUUCCUUUGUAGAUCCUGAAAACCCUAAUCCUCAGGAUUCCCAUUAUCAACCCAAUCGACCUGUCCUUACUUUGUCGUGCCGAAUCUCCCUGUGACUGCUCUCCUCGUCGUACAGUUCGUCAACCUGUGCUUACGCCUAAUCGACCCGUUGAAGCUGCGUUCGAAAUUUCAAAUUUUUCCUCUCGACCAGUAGCUCAAAUGGGUCGUGGGUGCUGCAGCUUCUGAUUGAUCGGAGCUUGCUCCUUUUAUUCUCUUUCUUUUGGGGGUCUUUCAGGAAGCCGCGCGUGGGACUUCACGCGAUCAUGCGAGGUGUCUGGGAAGCGGGGAUCGUGGUGCUGCUGGCUUUGGGGAGGCUGGCGCCCGCCACAUCUGCCUCUGCCUCUGCCGGCGGCGAUCCGACCGUCUGCGGUAGGGAGUCGGUAGCGGAAUCCGUCCUGGGGUUUUGGGACAGUUAUUGCCCCUUGCAUGGCCUUGGCGAUUCAAUCAAGUUCGUUCGUGUUACUGAGGGCGACGAAUUGUCGUUGCAGCGGGCAUUGACUAUGGUCCACAGGAACAGUCACAAGUACGUGGCGGUGCUCUUCUAUGCAUCGUGGUGUCCUUUCUCGAGGACGUUUAGGCCGAUGUUCUCACUCCUCUCCUCGCUGUAUCCCUCAAUCUCCCACUUCGCUAUUGAAGAAUCAGCAGUUCGACCAAGCAUCCUCUCAAAGUACGGCGUCCAUGGUUUCCCCACUAUUUUCGUGAUGAAUUCAACAAUGCGCGUGCGUUACCAUGGUUCACGGUCUCUCAAUUCUCUUGUCGCUUUCUAUAGUGAUGUCACCGGCAUAGAGUCUUCAACACGGGAUUGGACAGCCCUGGAAGACAUAAGGGACCAAUCAAAUCACGAGAAACACGAAAAUCUUGAGGCAGAAAGCUGCCCUUUCUGGUGGGCAAGAUCUCCUGAAAACUUGCUCCAACAGGAAACCUACCUCACUUUAGCAACGAUAUUCGUGCUCUUGAGGGUGCUCUACUUCCUCUACCCGAACCUCCUCCUGUUCUUUCAACGUACCUGGAAGUACAUCCGGAAUAUGAGCCCUCUCAGCUCAUUAGAUCAUUUUCUGUCGUACCUGAAGCAAGCUGUUCAGCUUUGGAGUUGUUUGAGGGAGCCCAGCAAGAGAAGCAACUUGCAAGAGGGAGCCAUGAAUGCUAGGGUUUGGGCUUCUAAGUCCCUUGCCACAGUCUCAAUUGGUGAGGCAAGCACGAGUCGGUGCGUAUCAUUAGGCAGAAGAGCAGAGUAGAAGCUUGGGCUAAUUAAAGUUUUGGCAACGAAACAAAAAAUUUUGUUCCGUUGCGGGAGUAACUGUCUCAGGGCCCUUCUCUCGAGAGUGGGCGAUGAAUGUUAAAAAUGCGGGUCAAGAUCUUUUUUAUGUCGUUUAUGCUCUCUGGCACCCGAUUUUAUCCUCAGUGCGAUUCAGAUUACGGUUCCGUUUACGCGUGUAGGGUAACUUGAUGUGGCCUUUUCUGUAUAUUGAUGCCCAAUUUUUUUCUGUACCCCCUUAUUAGGUUAUGGAGCUACAUGAAUUUCAUGAGUACUGAUUCUAUGUUAAAAGCCAUUUCAUGCGACAUUUCUCAUAUUUUGGGAUUUUAAUGCAUGGAUGGCGUGCUGAUGAAUCUUAGGAUGUGUUUCCCAGUUAUGAUUUGAACUAAUAUGAAGAUUUAUUGAAUUUCA